AUCAUCGUUCACUGGCUGCCACCAUUUUGUGCGAGAGCGCCGGUGUGUGGCAACGGAGAGUUGAUAGCAGCCGAAAGCGGGCAGAACUUGUUUCCUGCAUCAUAUCUGCUACCUAAAGGAGUGUUUUUACAUAUCGAUACAAAUAUCGAUCAUUCACGCCUGCUUGUGUGGCUAAGGUAAUUCAGUAUUUGCGAAUUUCCAGUGAAGCCAGCUCGCACCGCAGGCGACCAAAAAUGUCGGAGGACCUGUUAAGCGCAGACGACCCGACGAUGAAGAUGGAGGAAGACGGGGAGGGGAGCGCUGAAGAUACAGCUGCUUGUGGGGAUGGUGGGCCGGGAGAGGCCGAAGGCUCCAAGAUAGAUGCGAGUAAAAAUGAGGAAGACGAAGGGAAAAUGUUCAUUGGAGGGUUGAGCUGGGACACAACAAAGAAGGACUUAAAAGAUUACUUCUCCAAGUUUGGGGAGGUUGUAGACUGCACUUUAAAACUGGAUCCUAUGACAGGCCGAUCCAGAGGCUUUGGCUUCGUGCUGUUUAAAGAUGCUGAAAGUGUGGAAAAGGUCAUUCAACAGAAAGAACACAAACUUAAUGGUAAAGUGAUUGACCCCAAAAAAGCAAAAGCCAUGAAGUCCAAAGAGCCUGUGAAGAAGAUCUUUGUUGGUGGCCUUUCACCAGAUACUCCUGAAGAGAAGAUCAGAGAGUACUUUGAUGCUUUUGGAGAGGUGGAGUCUAUUGAGUUGCCAAUGGAAAACAAGACAAAUAAAAGGCGAGGUUUCUGUUUCAUCACCUUCAAAGAGGAGGAACCAGUAAAGAAGAUCAUGGAAAAGAAGUAUCAUAACAUUGGCCUAAGCAAGUGUGAAAUCAAGGUAGCCAUGUCAAAGGAGCAGUACCAGCAGCAGCAGUGGGGUGGCAGAGGUGGCUACCCUUCUAGAUCUCGAGGGAGAGGAGGGCCUAAUCAGAAUUGGAACCAGGGUUACGGAAAUUACUGGAAUCAAGGUUAUGGAAAUUAUGGAAACUACGGCUACAACAAUCAAGGCUAUGGUGGAUACGGGGGCUAUGAUUACUCGGGUUACAACAACUACUACGGAUAUGGUGACUACAGCAACCAGCAGAGUGGUUACGGCAAAUCUCCAAGGCGAGGUGGCCAUCAAAACAGUUACAAGCCAUACUAGUACAUAAACUACAAAAAGUAGAUACAGGUAUGUCAUUGCAUUACUUAUCACAAGCUGUCCUUAGAAAAUAAUGUAUACUACAUUGACCUUUCUAUUUAAUGUACUUUGCUUAAUUUUUUGUUUGUUUUUUUAAGUUUUUUACAGCACCCUCAAGUGCUUUACUGUAGUGGUAACAUAGAGACUUCAGUCUUUUGGCAAUAAUGUAACAGCUGGCUUUUGGCUGUUUCUUGCCAUUUUGUAACAGUAAAAAAAUAACAGGUACAGUACUGCUAAAUGGGUACCAGAAAAUAAGGAUUUACAACGAAAGAGAAAAAAAGAAGAAUGUUGUCUCCUAACUCUGACCUUGUUUGUACCUGCCAGCGGGGACUUCCUUGCAGGCCAUGAGCUGACUUCCCGAUUCUCUCAGGCCCGCUCAAUGCGGACAGGGUACGAGAGGCGUACGCUCUCGAAUGCUCCCAUUUGGUAUGGUCUUCCAACAUCCUGUAUAUGGUCCUGUAUAUUUGUCAAACAAAAAAAGACAGAAAGAAAAAAAAAACGGAUACUUCCAGCUUUUAUCUCCAGCUUUUUUGUGUUCCUUUUUAAACUUCAUUGGAUUUGUUUUAUGUAAUACAGUCUAUUUCUGUAAUUUUGUAAUGGCAUUUUUUACAGGCACCUCAAGUAAUGGUUAAAUACGACAACAGUCUUAAAAAAUAAUAACUGUUUACUUUUCAAAGGAUACAGCCUUCUCUGGACUUUCCAGUGUUUAAUAUUAUGCACUUCUAAUCUUACCUGUAAUGCUUGCUUUUCCUUAUUUAUAGCUCGUGUAGCAGUAAUAGCCAGUAGUCCAUGAGCUAAAACCUGGUUUGUACUUGGACACCACGUCGGAGAAGUGCUUAAUUUUCAUAUUUGUAUUGUGUGUUGUUCUACUGACAGCGGUGGAAAAGUUUCACUUGUAAACGAUGUUAAUUCUAACAAAUCUAACAAAUUCUCUUUUUUUAACCAUUGCAAAACUUGGAAAAAGUGUAUGUCACCAGAAAUUUGCAUGCAAUGUUUCUUUUAUUGUAAACAGUUGAAGACUUUAUGUGUAUGGGCUUAAUCUUAUCAAUUAAGCUUACUUCAAGAUUUUCAAAUUAUGAAUUUUUCGAAGGGGAUUUCUAGACUAUUGUACCAUAUUCGAAGUAUGAAGUAUGUUUUUCUCUGCAUAAUGAAAUACUUUAGAUUUGGGAGUUCUUGUACAUUUUAGAGGACAUCUCCUUUUUGUGUGCUUGUGAGAAAUUGAUUCAUAUUUUUCUUUCCUGUCUUUCAGGUGGCAGUGUGGUUCGGAGGUAACGUCAGAAGAGAAUACCAUUGAGUCAAGGCAAUUGUUUAUUAUGGAGUGUUAAUGAAAGGACAAAAAGAGAGUCUUCAUUUCAACUACAGCUACUGGUCAUGUACAGUAGAGCUUGUUUUUUUGCCAGAUGAUUGAUGAAGGUGGAUAUUCUGAUCUACAUUGAACUCACCCUAAGACACAGUGUAACACUCUUUGCCCCAGUCAAAAACCUUUCUUGUUUUGUGUUGAAUUUAUAUGCUUACUUCCGUUCAAGUUUGUAGUUAUAAUUUAGUCGAAUCCUCUCUUGUGCCAGUGUUGUGCUUCAGCUUCAUGAAAUCAUUUGUAAUUUUCUAUGAUGAGUAUUUAUUAGUUAAAAUUAGGAAAGAGUACAAAUGUUAGCCAUUUAAUAUUCAUUUCCUAUAGGCCUAGCAAAGUUUUUGCUACAAAAUCACAUAAACCUUUGAAAGAUGCAAUGGAUGAAAUAAAGUGUAUAAACUCUG